AUGUCGCAAACAAGUCUGACCAGCAUCGAACUGCAGCCACGAAUUGCCAUAAAUGGCUGGAUGGAUUCUCGACCAAGCUCUCACGGCCCAGGGCUAAAUCCAGACGUGGAGGGGCCGCCAACCACCUCAGAACCCACGAAUCAGUUUGUCAUAUCGUCGCCGUCGUCGUCUCGCAUCCAACCAUUGCCCCCUGCACCCCCUCCACCUCCUCCACGGGAUAUACAUGGCAUCAAGUGGGCGUUUGCUGUGACCGCCAUAUUAUCAAGUGUGUUCUUGUUCGCGUUGGACCAGACAAUUGUCGCCGACGUUCAGCCCAACAUCGUUGCCGAGUUCGGUUCGAUCAACAAACUGCCGUGGCUAUCGGUGUCCUUUCUGCUGGGAAAUGCAAGCACGAACUUGUUCUGGGGACGAAUUUAUGGUCAAUUCAAUCCAAAAUGGAUCUAUGUGCUCUGCGUCGUCAUCUUCGAGAUUGGGUCGACCGUAUGCGGGGCGGCACCGAGUAUGGAUGCACUCAUUAUCGGACGUGCUCUGGCCGGCGUUGGCGGCGGAGGGAUGUACUUAGGGGUGAUGAUGAUGCUCUCCCUGUUCACGACACCGUUGGAGCGAGCAAAGUACAUUGGAAUCAUCGGCGUGGUGUUCGGGUUUGGCACAGUUCUAGGACCUGUCAUCGGUGGAGCCUUUGCCGACAAUGCAUCUGCAACCUGGCGAUGGGCUUUUUAUAUCAACCUUUGUAUUGGAGGCGCCUUUUCUCCCGCGUAUUUCCUGUUGCUUCCGUCCCGGGAUCUCCGUCCGGGGGUGAAGUUCUGGGACAGGAUACAGGCUGUUGACUGGAUAGGAAAUACUCUCGUCAUCGGGUUCUACAUCGCCGGACUCAUGGCCAUCUCCUUCGGCGGCACGACAUUUGCAUGGAACAGCGCUCGAGAUAUAGCUCUAUUCUGCACCUCGGGCGUUCUGUUGAUUGUGCUAGGCAUUCAACAAGGUUGCUCAAAGCGGCAGAACAGGAUGUUUCCGGUUCAUUUCCUGAAGAGCCGAGGCCUCUUGAUCCAGUUCUUGGUGGGAGCUUCUGCAGGGACGUCGUCGUUUGUGACGAUUUACUUCAUUCCGCUAUACUUCCAGUUCGUGCAACACAGCAGCUCUCUUCUUGCAGGUGUACGCCUACUACCCUUCAUCGGCUCGCUGGCGAUAUUUACCAUGCUGAACGGUCAUCUCAUGGCCCGAUCGGGAUACAGCAUGCCAUGGUACGCCACCGGUUCUGCCCUCGUGAUUGCGGCCAACAGCAUGCUCUACACGAUCGAUUUGUCCACGUCAAACGGAUUCAUCUACGGAGCGAUGGUCCUCAACGGAAUCGGCACGGGUAUGUUUCUCAACGCCCCUUUUGCCGUUGCACAGUGGAUUGCUCCACGCGAGGAGAUGGCCAGCGCCGUUGCAUUCAUCAUGUGUGCUCGAUGUGGAGGACUUGCCAUUGCGCUGUCCAUUGCAAACGCCAUCUUUCUGAACUUGACCGAAAACAAGAUCCGCCACCUGUUUCCUGCUUUCAACAACGCACAGGUACAGAGUCUGACCUCGGGCGUGGGGAGCGGUCUAUUGGCAACACUCAGUUCUGCUCAGCAACAGCAAGUCCUCGCCGCUAUUGUGAGCGCCAUCAGUCGUGUUUUUAUCACGUCAAUUGCCUCGGGCUGCUUUUGUCUCUGCCUUUCGCUUGCUAUGGAUCGCAAGAAGAUCAAGAUUGGUUAG